AUGGAUAUCGACGAAGGACCCUUCCAAGAAUGCUUUGUCAAUUCAAAAGACAAACUGCUGGCGCUAUCUUGGGAAAUUUGCGAUCAUGUCGCCCAGUCAGCUUUGUUCAAAAUGGAAACAGCAGCCCACGCUGUUGCGGCCAGAACGUUCGACACCUUCUUCUCUGCGUGGGCUAGAAAGAUUCAUGAUCCUCUUUUCAGCCUCACUGGUAAGACUACUUUCCGCAGCCAGACCCGAAGCAAGAAGGCCGAUAUCUCCUGGACCCUAAAGGGAUACCGGAGGGCCGAUCUGAAAAAUGGCCGACAUUUAUUGGGGAUUUUGCAUGGUCCGUACAUCGUACCAAGCUCAAAGAAGACAUCAAGUUCUGGUUGA